AUGGAGUCCAGCUGCGAUCCUUACGAGCAGCGUUUGCUGUCAGUGUUCGAGAGUUGUUUGGAAAAAGGUGAGUCCGAGUUGACGGAAAAAGGACUUCGAAAUCUUUGCGACAAGCUCCAAUUAGAAGAACGCGGAAGCGAGUUAAUCUCAAAUUUACUGAACAAAAAUCCCGGAAAAAAUGUGUAUAAAAUAUCCUUCGAGGCGUUCCGCAAUGGGCUGCUGACCCUCUUGGACUCUCAAGAAGAAGACAAAGUAAUCGAAAGUUCCAUUUUAAAGCGGGUGAACGCGCGACAAUUGGGAGUCGGCAACGGCGACUUGAACAUGCUUUUGAAGAACUCGAUCAGCGACGGGUCAGUUAAGAGGAUGUUGGAGCAGAUUUUCCACAAGCUGGACAGCGACGAAGACGGACUGAUAACAUUUAGCGAGUUUCUGAUGUUAUUUCAGAGCAACUGCAGCCUAGAAGACGGUUCUUUGGGCACAGAGUGGAGCGAGGGAGAAGAAGGCUGCAAGAGCAGCUUCACCAUGCUGGGUCCAGAUCACACUGGCUUUAUAGACCGCCGCAGUGUCAUCAGUCUCUGGCAAUUAGCCGGUGUCAGUGACGCGAUAGUCCUGCUAAAUGACCUGGCAAUAAGCGCGGCUGGUAAUAUUAAUUUAUCUGAAUUAAUGAGUGUCCUUACUCAAGAAUUGCAGAGCCUAGCUCACGAGCCUAAAGGCUCCGAGAUCACCAACACACACUUGGACAUCCUGAGAGCGACUUUGGUGCUUUAUCAGGAAGAAGUCCGGUCUAUUAAUGUGCUGGUGGACCAGCUGACUGGUGAAAGAGACAAGCUUAAAGUAGACGUAGCUGAAGCUAAUGAAAGAGCCAACAUUCUUGCUCAGGAAAUUGACGAGAACCACGCAAAGCUCGAGAAGUCUCGCAAUGAGCAGAUCAAACUUAUCGAGUCUCGGCAUGGAGAAGUAAUUAAAGAUCUUACCUUGCAGCACGUCUCAGAAAGAGAAGCCCAGCUUGCUAAUUUGAAGUUGCUCAAUGAACAGCUUCAAGCUUGUCAGCAAGAGGAGCAAGUUUUAAGAAUCAAACUCGCAGAGGCGUUGAAUGAAAAUCAGAGUUUGGAAGUUGAUAAUCAAAAUUUGAACGAUCAAAUAGAUAAAUUGAAAGUUUCUAAUGGUCAAUUGUUGAUCCAGGUCCAGGCGCUAGCAGCAGAGUGUGAUGAAGCUGAGCACUGUGAUGAUAGGGAGAGCGAGCAGGUUAUUUCGUUGGUGGACAGGAUUAAGAAGCUCCAGGAUGAAUCUUCUUUGUUGAGAGAUCAAAAUGAUGAACUUACUUCGGAGAUAGAGCUGUUGAAGUCGAGGUUCAGUGAUAAAAUAAGCAAAUUUUCCAGCAUGAGCAGUGAAGAUAAUUCCACUGACUAUGAACCUUUGGGAAAAGUCCCGGAGUUUAAAAAGGAAGAUAAAUUGUCUUUGCCGAAUACGAUAGCAGGGAUUAUAAAUGACUUGAAGAGUAUUAGCAUUGACAAGGCUUUGGAUUUUAAUUCCGAUUUAUUGCAGAGGAAUAUCUCGGAGAUUAUUAAUGAAUUGGAGGGACAUUUGGAUAAAGUUCUGGAUAAGGAUGAUAAAAAUCUGGAAGCUAAAGAAGAGAAGACGAGUUCUUUGAGGGAUUUUGUUGUUUCUAAAAGCAAGAGGAGUCUUAUGUCUUCUGAAGAGUCGAUUGGUAAAAAAUUGCGGGAUUAUCCGCCUAGAAAGGGUGAGUUUGAUAGAAUUCUAACUAGGAGUGCUUCAGUGAGUGUUGAUGUCACUGAUGGAAAUGAGGAGACGCUGAGGAGAGACAGGGACAGACUGAGUAACUUACUAGCGGAGCAGGAAGCUAAAUACAAUUGUGAGAAGAAACGGCUUGAGGAGCAGUGCAAGAAAUUGGAGACUGAUUUAGAGCUUCUGAGAAGUGAGUAUUAUUCUUGUGAAGACUACUGGGAGAAUAAGUUGGAAGAAGAGCGGGGGAUUAUGGAACAGGAGCAGAAGAUCAGUGAUGAUAAGUUGACUGAGUUGAUUAAUAAAAUUGCUGAGUAUGAAGAGCAAUUUAGUGGGGCGGAAAAAAAGGGAAGAUUGUCGCCAAUUGAGGAAAAGUUUACGCUAGAGCAGUCUUACACUGAGCUAGAGGACGAGUUUGAUGAGUUCAGAAGAGAAAUGCAGGAAGCGUUGGAUGAAAAGGAGACUGAGAUUAAUUUUGUUAAGGAACAGCUGAAGAAAAAAGAGUCCGUUGAUGCUGGGGUCCAGGUUGAGGAGGAUAAAAAUAAAAGGUUUAGUUUCUACGGUCAGGCUUCCAAGUUCGAGCCGGGGAAAUUGAAUAAAAUUAACGAGGAUUGCUUUUGUAGAGACUCGGGGAUGCAGGAGGCGGAAUUGCAGAGGUUGUUGCAGAAAAAGACCCAGAGCGCGCAUUUGAAGUGCACGAGUCUGAUGAAGCAGAAGGAGUGCCUUGUUAAGGAGAUCAUGGAGCUCCAGAAUUUUAGGAAUUGUCAUGUGUAUCCGAAUGAUGGACAGGGAAAGGUUGAUAUGAAUUUUAUUAAGAGUUUGAUGACCAAGGUUCAGGUGCUAGAGGGAAAGAAGAAGAGCUUGCAGGUCAGUCUCAAGCAUCAGAAGCAGUACACGGACAAGGUUAUUGAGUGCAUUUGGAAGCAGCAUUUUAGUGAACGUGCUAGUCUUCAGCAUGUUCUUAAGGAGACUCAGGGGUCGCUUAAGCAGUAUCUUGAGGUUAAUAAAAUUCAGAUGCAGAAACUUGCUAAGGCCGAUUUGUUAAUCAAGGAUUUGUAUGUGGAAAAUGCCCAUCUUAAGGCUAAGGUUGAUAGGCUUUGUGAGAGGUGUGUUAUGCUCGAGAAUUCUGAAGCCAGGUCCACUUCUGUAUGA